CAAAAGAUUUCUAUUGUUGGGUAUUGCAACAGCUAUCCAGAGUGCUAACUAUUUUAAUAGACAAUUCGGAUGUAGUGACAUUUAUUACUGAUAGAGAUUUGGCACUUAUGUCUGCAAUAUCCACCAUAUUUUCUAAUUCAAACUAUCAAUUAUGCACUUGUCUCAUAUAUGAUGAUCUUUCAGAAAGUCAGACAGAGCAAGAAAUUGAAGAAUUGUGGACUCAAUUUCCAAGUGCGAAAAAGUAUAUGUUUGAUGCUUGGAUGCCAUAUAGAGAAAGUUGGCUUGCACUAUAUACAAAAGGAAAUAUAAACCUUGAUAUAAAGUCGACUCAGUGUGUUGAAUGUCUGCAUGAAAAACUGAAGGCCAUUGAAAAUCAUGUUACUCCAAUUGAUAG